AUGUUCAUCGGGAUUGGAAAGUCGUUUGGAUUGUUCUUUGUCGAGUUUUUAAGAGUGUAUGAUACCAGCUCUUCGUUAUUAUCUGGAAUUAUUUCAGUGCAAAAUCUUUUUGUAAGCCUAGUUUCUCUAUUUACAUUAAAUGUCGGAAUCAGAGUUGUUGGUUGCAGACCAUUAAUGAUCAUUGGAGGUUUGAUUUUGUGUGGUUCUUAUAUGCUCAAUGCACUGGUGCCAGGAAUAGCUGCUCUUUUUGUAGCACAUGGUGUUCUUUAUGGAAUUGGCAUAGCAUCUACCUCAGUACUGGUAUUUAUUGAAAUAAACAAUUAUUUUGAUAGGAGAUUGGGUUUCGCUUUCAUGGUAUCUAGUAUAGGAGGAUGCGUGGGCAGUUUUGUAUUCCCAAUUAUCAUUCAAAAACUUCUAGACAAUUAUGGACUGCAAGGUGCCUUGUUAGUGAUAUCUGGUAUAUUAUUAAAUAACGUUGUUGUCGGUGCUUUAACUCGCCCUUUCUUUUCUCGCAAGGCAACACAAAAAGAUGUUUCGAAAAAUGCCAAGAAUAAUAAUACAUGUUAUAGUUCAAAGAAUGGCGAUUUAACUGAAGACGAUAAGACAAAGGAGUUUUCUAGAAAAGUUUCAGAAAACCCCAUAGCUGAGUAUUCUUUAUCGGUAGACAAUGUUGCGAAAUAUUACGAACCCGAAGUAUCUAGUGACGGGUUUAAUGACUAUAAAUCGUACGUCAAAUUGAUUGCAACACGGAAAAGAAAACCGAGAAGCUGCUCUGAAAGCCAUAAUACUACUGCUGUCGUAGUGGACUCUACAAAAAAGACAUUAAUACCUCGAAUAGACAUGUUCGGAGGUUUAGGAACAGCAGGUUCAUUUUGUUCAGUUUAUAGUUUAAAUGUUCUUCGUCAGCACGAAAACAAACCAGACAUUAAAACAGACUCAAAAUCCAACAUCGCAUCAGAAUCAGGAUCAUGUUCUUGUUAUGACAUCAUCGAUUUCAGAAUUUUAAAAAACCGCCAUUUAUUAUUGCUUUUAUUUAUGUGCCUCGUUUCCGUUGCUGGAUGCGGCUUGAUUGUCAUUUACAUUCCACCAUUCGCAAAAGACCAUGACAUUCCGAAUGACAAAAUCGCUAUUCUCGUAACUUUGAUGGGCGUGUGUGACUUGUUUGCCCGUUUUGCGCUUGCCUGGAUAUCUGAUUCAAAACGUUUUCGUCGUGAUUAUAUUUUAGGAAGUUGUUUAGGUAUUACUGGACUUGCAGUAAUGUUUAACCCUUUAUAUACCAAUUUCGAAUCAUUCGUUGUGUUUUCAAUAAUAUAUGGAAGUUUUGGAAGUGUGUAUUUCUCAAUGGCGCCACUGCUAUUGCGAGAUUGUGUUGGUUCGGACAGAUACCCAACAGCAUUGUCAUUAAUGAUACAGGUACAUGGAAUAGCAUUUGUUGGUUUCACUCCACUUUUAGGUCUUGCUCGUGAUUUAACUGGAUCAUACACGCUGACGUUUUACAUCAUGGGCGCUGGAAUUCUCCUUGGAUCUGUUGCUGUAUUUUGUGAACCAAUAUUUCAGUGGUUCGAAAACAGACGUAAUAAACUGUAA